AGCGAGUGUGGGCGUGCCUUGGCACUAGUCACGAGCGACCAGCCGCCGACCCCGAGACGAGAUAGCUCCUCGCUCUUAUCUAGCGUGUGAGGCCCCCUCACUUUGCCCCAAGAAUCCGUCAGGGGGGCAUGCAAGGGUAGCUGAGAGCAACUGUUUUGUAUUUCUGGACAGCCUCGCCAAUCUCCUCCAAUUGCUGUCUCUAGGAAUCUCUCCCUCCUCCACCUCGCAGCAUCCUCCAUCGUUGACUUUGGCGUGUUCUCCGCCUCCCCGUACCCCACACGACACUAACAUGUCACGACCAACGCCGACAUCCAAAUCGUGGGAUGGGCAACCAACUAGGCGAGAUUCGCCGCAUGGCCCGGAAUCUAGACUUGUGGGAGAAGAACAGGCUUUGCUUGACGAUGACGAUGGCAGCGACCACUCAAUCGGCGAACCGCGCCCUCGUCGAUUCGACAGGAGAAGAUCAUCUGUCUCCAACAGACUAGCAGCCAUGGCAGACAUCGGAGGGCCAAACAGUUUUCGCUCGUUCACGAGGAGCUGGCAGCGAGCAGCGGCCUUCGCCGAAGUCAUCCCUAGACAGCCAAGCUUUGUGUACACACAAGGACCUGACGGUUCAGCCAAUGCUGAAGCAGACGAUAUUCAAUACGGCAGAAACCAAAUCGAACGAAUGCCCACCCAGUCAAGCUUGCUAAGCCAACACCUAGGCUCGCCGCCAUCAGCAAUCUCGUACCAAGGGUCUACCGCUGGCCCUAGCCAGCACAUCGAAGCCAACCAGCAACCAACAGAAGAUUUCCGGGCCCGAGAGAGUAAACUUCUAGACGCAGAAAUGGCAUCCGGGGCUAUUACGACAUCCCUAUCAAGCAGGUCGAGUAUUUUUGCCAGCCCGCCUCAUCUGUCAUCGCCCUCCAUUAUCGGAAGCUACGGGUCCUAUCACUCACAAUAUGGCACGAUGGGAAGCAGCACCAGUCGACGACGCCCAUCGAUACGCAGAAUAGAACCAGAUGAAGACGUUGAGGGCCCAGCCCUUGGGGAAGAGCAUCCUAUCCUUGUCAAGGAAGUAAAACAAGGCGACCGAGUCGUGUUGACCGUAGAAGGUCAGAGCACGCUACCACAGUCCGUCUUCAAUGCAAUCAACGCCAUUAUUGGUGUUGGUAUGUUGAGUCUGCCUCUUGCGUUUAAAAUGAGUGGAUGGAUCAUUGGGCUCACUAUCAUGACGGUGAUGGCCGGCGUCACAGCACAUACAGGAAAACUGAUUGGGAAGUGCAUGGAAUACGACAAGAGCCUGAUUACAUAUUCGGAUCUUGCGUAUGUGUCUUUUGGCCCACGAGCCCGCGUUAUUGUGUCCACUCUGUUUACACUGGAGCUGGUCGCCGCAUGUGUUGCUCUGGUUAUUCUAUUCGCUGAUUCAUUAGCCCUUCUGCUCCCUAGCCUGGGUAGCGUGAAUACUUGGAAAUGCGUCUGUGCCGCUCUUAUUCUGAUAUUGAAUGCUCUUCCCCUUCGAUGGUUGAGUUAUACUAGCGUCAUUGGUAUAUUCUCCACAUUCGGAAUUGUAUGCGUGAUUGCUGCCGACGGCCUUCUCAAGUCUGAAUCCCCAGGCUCUCUCUGGGAACCAGCAGCGACCUACCUGCUCCCAUCAAACUGGUUGUCUCUUCCAUUGGCGUAUGGGUUGAUGGCUAGCCCCUGGGGCGCGCACUCGGUGUUCCCUUCAAUCUACAGAGAUAUGAGGCAUCCGUACAAAUGGAACAAGGCCGUAAAGGUUACAUUUUCUUUCUCGUAUGUUCUUGAUACAUGCCUAGCUGUCAUAGGCAUAUUGAUGUUUGGCGAUGAUAUCAAAGAAACAAUCACUUCCAACAUUAUCAAGACUAGUGGUUAUCCCGAAACCCUGACAGUUUUCAUGUGCAUCUGUGUUGCAAUCAUUCCCCUCACAAAGAUUCCUCUCAGCGCUCGCCCGUUAAUCACAACAGCAGACGUGUUAUGUGGCCUACACUACGAACGACCACAGACAUCGGAUACGAGACGUUGGAUUGAUGCUAUUCAUCGUGGUAUCAUCCGCAUAUCGGUGGUAAUGGUACUGUUAUUCAUAUCUAUCGCCUUCCCUGCUUUCGAUUCUGUCUGCGCCUUUCUCGGUGCCGCCCUAUGCACACUGAUUUCAAUUCUUCUACCAGUUGCGUUUUAUCUUAAACUACACUGGGAAGACAUUAGUAAGAUUGAAAAGGCUUUAUCCUGGGCCAUCCUGGCAUCGUUUUCUGUCUUCGGAAUCGUGGGCACAAUUUGGACGUUCCUCCCAAAGGAUCUUGUUGGUGCUUAGGUAGCGUUUCAAGGAGCGAAAUAAAACAAUCUAAUUUAGUAGAGCCUUCUUUGGGACGCCUGCCACUAUGAACUCCACGUGAAUUCCGCAAGAGCCCGGUCACUCUAACCGAGAAACUCCGGUGCUCGCUACCUAGGUCAGUGUCUACAAUCACAAAAGCCAAUGAUAAAGUUGUAAGCAGUGUGUGUGAGUGGGUAACUUCUGGUAUUGUGGACUAUCUAAAUAAAAAUUAUCUGAUACGCAGGAAGCGAGUUGAUGUCUGCUUAAGCAUGCACAUGAUAGACAAAACACACCAUGCAGUAGUCUUGAUACCAUCAGUGCUGACUGCAAUUGAAUGCAGCAUCUUCUUAGCAACUCAACCGUGAUUGGUGGCUGCAAGAGAAGCGUCUCUUACCAACCACCAACCCACUCAAGAUCUCCUUCGGCGCGCUUGUUCUGGCGCCAAUUCCAAUCUUUUCCCCUGGUCCAAGGGUUUUCCUUGGGUCGAUCCUUAAGCCAACUCUUGUGUUGAGAGAAAUCUGUAGCGCUGGGUUCUUGGUAAGACUUUCCAAAGCCCACUUGACGGCGAGGCUUGAAAGCGGACUGCCUCUCCUCUGCAACACUAGCCUGACCCCGGCGACGUUCGCCGAGAGCAGCCCACUUGUCAAAAGUGCUGCGCUUGGAAGGUGGUGAAUAACGAGGAAUAAUCUGUUCAACUGGUUUUGCCUCCUCAAUUUCUUGAAAGAAAAAGCCGUCUGCAACCAAGUCGUCAUCCACGUUGCCCUUGAUCUCAUCAGUAGAACCAUGUAGUGGCUGAACUGAGCUAUCAAUGUUGACACGCUUCACACUUUCUUGACUCCAAGUGCGCGAAUUGAGGGCUUUGCGAGUCUGUCUCUCUUGUUCACGCUCUUCCUCUUCGUCUUCCUCCCACAUGUCACUCCAGCUCUUAGAAACGGAGUCUUGGUGGCGACCAAAAACGGUUGACAUGGAAAGAGGCGCUGGCUUCGACAUGGUAAUGGGCAGAGAGCCGGCGACAGUGAGCUUGGCGGGAAGAGGCUUUCCAAUAGUCAAGUUUUUCAUGGACGUGGUGAGAUGAGAACCCAUCAUGGACGACAGAGAAGGAGUGUGGACAGCAGCAGAGCACCAGUCGACCGUCUCUUCAGACUUGGAGAAAAGAUCUUCCGUGUAGCUCUCAUCGUCUGGAAUGACACUGAGUUGGCGACCCUCCUUGGGAGUAGCAUGGAGGACCCUGGUCCACGGGAAGUUUCCGAGUUCCAUCUGAGGGCUCUGAAUGGAUGGUGUGCGGAGCGGUUCACGGUUGGCAGAUGAGACAGUUGCCUUUUCGGCUCCACAGAAGUCGUCCAGGCUUUCAUCUUCAGUCGUGAAGCUAACAACUCGCAUCAAAGCAUCACGAGCACCAACGAUAGAUCUGCGCUUCGGAUCCAAGUUCAUGCAUUGAACAAUGACUUCGUAGGUGUCUUGCGACAUAUCCGGGAAUACGUCAAAUAGACUUUGCUUGUCUCGCGAGUAGUCAAGGAAAAUCGGAUCCGCUUCAGUGGGAGUCGUGAAGGGGUUUCUAGAGAACAGAAUGUUCAACAAACAGAUGCCAAUGGCCCAGAUGUCAGCCUCAGCUGGAGCGUAACCGUCACCGGCAGAGUCGAACUGCUCUGGGGCCAUAUAACGGUCACUUCCAACAGUCAUCUCGUACGACCACUUGUCGGUUGUUGCAAGUCCAAAGUCUCCCAGCUUCAGAGACCCGUCUUGGGUAAGGAAAAUGUUUUCGGGUUUGAUGUCUCGGUGAUACACGCCUUUAGAGUGGAUAAAGGAGACAGCAUCAACAAGCUGAAGCAUAAAUUGACGAACAUGCUCAGUUUGCAGGGGACCAUGACCGUUGCGAAUAGCUUCAUACAAGUCACCCUGACCACAGAAUUCCAUCACCAGAUAGAAAUGAGAUUCGGUUUCAAACGAGUUCAGGAGGUUGACAAUGUUUUCAUGUGUGCCUAGGCUGCGGUGGAGAGCAAAUUCCUCAGAGUGGUCGUCAACAGCAAACUCUUGCUCGUCGUCGGCACCAUCUGACUUCUUUGUCAGGCACUUGAUGGCAACUGGUUGAUUGGUCAUCAAAUCCUGAGCAAGGAAAACCAUACCGAAGGAACCAUGGUUGAGAGGUGAGAGGGUCUGGUAGCGUCCCCCGUCAAGGAGAAGGCCACCAAUGAAUUUUUCCCGUAGGCACUCCAUGCCGUGGGACGUGAAAGAACAGUUGGAUGGCGGGUGAGAGCCAAAAAAAAGAUACAACAGGGUUUACCGGAAGUAAACGUAACAAAAAAGGAUAACGGUGGUAGUUGUACAAUAACCGAUGUUAUUUCGCCGUUAUAGACACGUCGCGGGGUAUGAUAUAAUAAAUUGCCGGACGUGAAUUGCUCAGCCUAUGCGGGGCAGCUGAUAAUUUGUAGAUGUGCUUGCGAAAGAGUCUUCCUAAAAUGAAGACUGUGGUGAGAGAAUUGAGUGAUGAGAAUGUACAGAUAUCGCUGGCAGUUUGGAAAAGUGAUAUAGCAUCCGCAAGCGUAUAGGAUGUGUUCGUAGCAAAAAAGAAAAGAAAAGAUCGAAAAUCAAAGGCUCAUUUGAAGGAUUUCAACAGUAUUGGAACAAAAGAAAUGGAUGGUCGAAACGUCGUAGCGAUGGCCGCAAGAGAGCCGAGGUGGCCUCAAUGGUUUGAAGAAGAUGGGAGAAAAUCGUUAUGAUGACAUGGGAAGUCGUUUUCGGUGAGUGGUGUAACAGAAUGAUCUCCAACAACGUUGCAGGCCAAGUACAAUCAACCAACGGCGGGGGUCGAAGCCGUAUGGGAAGAGAUGAGUAUGAGGGGUGAGAUGGGUGCCUGGUAGGUUUCGUAAUCAGGCCAACCAAAGCGUCGCUGCGCGAAUGAAAGGCGAUGCACAAAGGCAAAGCUAAAAAGCGGCUACGCUAUAAUAUGAGAGUGUCGAAAGGGGAGAACCCCAACGACUCAAUCCGUGGUGGUUGGAAGGUGAGGACUGCCGGAGUAGGCGAGAGCGGUCGGUGCGAGGCGAGGGGUCGAGUGUGCAAGAUUGGAGCUCGCAAUUCGCUUAUGUGCUUAAUCUGGCGAUGCAAAAUAGCAACAACACUUCUUUCUCUUCGAUCUAGUUGGUAAAAGUCGAGGCGAAAAUACUAGACUUGCUUGCUGGGCGGCGUAGUCGGGGAGUGACAGACAGCUCGUGACUCGUACAGUUGUUGGAAACGACGAGAAUGGUUGGGAUGCAAGGUCGAAGAGAGAAGAAGGUCGUUAGACCAGUAGAUAAGAGGGCGAGGCGGAAAGAAGGAGAGUAGAAGGAGGGCGGAAAGAGGAUGAUGGGAAGGUUAAGAGAGGUAGAGAUGGAAGGGACAGCAAGCAGGAGAGAGGAAAGGGCGACGAAGCGGUGAUGAAUGGGUGGAUGGAUGGAACCAAGUGGAACUGGGGGGCGGCGAGUCGAAG